CUGAUAUAUAGCGGGAAAUUUGUUGCACUUAUAAAAUGAACGAAGACCUGUGGAAAAAAACAUACUCAGCAAACGAAGCUAUAUGGCGAAGUACAGAAUUCUCAAAUGCCAGAAAAGAGAACGCCUGGCGUACACAAAAACUGCUGCUUGCCCAGAAAACUCGAGACCUGAAUGAAAACAUUCACUAUGCCGUGCUCAAGGACCACCAGGACAAGCUGCAGAGGGUGGAGGAGAAAACAAUCCUGGAACGACUGGAGAGGUGCCAGAAAAUAGUCGACGGCAGUCGCAGGAUGCCCUUGCAAAAACCUUUGAUUUUUAGGAUGCCUGAUGCCAGUGUAUUUGAAUCCCCCUGUACGGGUAUCUAUGAAAGUUGCCAAGGGGAGGAAGUAUCCAGCUUUGACUUGCAACAGCUAAGCCCUUCAAAAACAGAGGUUAAUCCAGGCAAAAGGUCAUCAUCGGCUGUGAAUAGUUGUGCUGCUCCUGCUGCAUCCAGUUCAUGGCCAGGUCCGGAGAUGAGCACCCACUCAAAGGAAGAAUCUAAAAAUUCAGACUCCAAUUGGGUGGGAUUCCGCACAGCCCUAGAACAAAAGGCCCUGGACGAUAUGAAGAAAAAUAAUCAGCAAGCUCCUGGAGGAAAGAUGGGCAGCAAUGCACCCUCGGAAAUGAUGAAUUUCAGGAAAAAAACAUUGGGCGGGCGACGGACAGUAAAUUCAAACUUCGUAUCGCCCGUGGCACAAAGUAAUGAAGUCCCCAGGGCCAACGAAGCCAGCAGCAAUGCAACAACCAUUCCAUCCUCUUUGGCCCAUCUGGAUGCAAAAAUGGUAGAACAAAUUCUUGGCGAGAGUAUCCAUAACUUUAAGCCUGUCGCUUGGGAAGAUAUUGCUGGCCUCGAGUCGGCGAAGUCUACAUUCCUGGAAGCUAUCAUUAUGCCCCUCCGCCGGCCUGAUUUGUUUACGGGUGUUCGCUGCCCGCCUCGAGGAGUUCUAUUGUUUGGACCACCUGGCACUGGAAAAACACUCAUCGCCAAAAGCAUUGCCUCACAGGCGAGAGCCAAGUUCUUCAGUAUAAACCCGUCCACACUCACCUCCAAGUGGGUGGGCGAGGCAGAGAAGCUAGUAAAGACGCUGUUUGCCGUGGCCGCCGCACAUCAGCCAGCGAUAAUUUUCAUUGAUGAAGUUGACUCUCUGUUGUCGAAAAGGUCUGGAAAUGAGAAUGAGAGCACCCUGCGCCUGAAGAACGAGUUUCUAAUUCACUUAGAUGGUGCUGCGAGCAGUGAAGAAACACGUAUCCUGGUAAUUGGUGCCACUAAUCGACCCCAGGAGCUAGACGAGGCAGUGCGGCGUCGGUUUGUGCGGCGCCUUUAUGUACCACUGCCAACUAAAGAGGCGCGGCUGAAAAUCAUUGAGAAGCUCAUCCGACAGGUGAAGCAUAGCCUGAAUUUGUCGGAUGUAGAGCAGCUAGCGGAGCUUAUGGAUGGUUACUCCGGGGCAGAUGUGGACUCCUUGUGCCGCUAUGCCUCUAUGGCCCCGUUGCGCUCUUUGAGUCCAACUCAAAUGGAAGUCGUAAAGUCGCAUGAGCUACCUGCUGUUACCAUAGAGGACUUUAAAGAAGCUUUAAAGGUUAUAUCGAAGAGCGUGUCAGCUGAAGACUGCCAACAGUUUGUGGCGUGGAAUGAAAUAUACGGCGUGAAGCAUUAAUGUCAGGAAAAUUUUAUUAAUACUUUAGAGAGCAUGCAUGCACUACAUGCAUUUAAUUAUUUUUCAUACUCACAGCACAUGAAAAACGUUCGUAUACAGUGGCCA